AUGAAUCCAUUAUCACCUUAUCAUUCAACAUCAAGUGAAGUGUUAUUAAAACGUUUUCGUUUAUGGAGACGUCAAUAUCUUCAUGUAGUUAUUUACACAUCAUUAUUUUGGAUAUUUGUUGAUGUAUUUUUUAUAAUGUUAUUUUCUGAUUGUACAAAAGAAAUUAUUAUUCCGUGUUCAUCAUCGUUAUCAACUAAUAAAAAUUCUAAAAUAAUCGAUCAUAAUGUUCAAUUGCAUCCAAAAAUAAUUAUUGACAAAAUAAAUGAAAGAAAAAAAGUUGUAUUUGAUAAUACAACUAUGAUUGACGCAACAAAGAAAAAUAUUGCUCCUAAAUGGUGGAAAAUUGAUCCAGGAGCAACAAAUCCAAUGAAUUGGCAUGGUGAAGGUGGUCGUGCUGUUGUUGUUCCAGAUGAAUUAAAAGAAGAAGCUAAAAAACGUUUUGCAGAAAAUCAAUUUAAUAUUCUUGCUUCAGAUCUUAUGGCUCUUAAUCGAUCAAUUAAAGAUCAACGAUCAGCAAGAUGUCUAUCACAUAAAUUUCCACCUGAUUUACCAUCAACAUCAAUUAUUAUUGUAUUUCAUAAUGAAGGUAAUUCAACAUUACUUCGAACAUUAACAAGUAUUAUUUUACGAAGUCCAAUACAAUAUAUACAUGAAAUAAUUAUGGUUGAUGAUGCUAGCAUCAAUCGAGAAUAUCUUAAAGAUACAUUAGAAGCAUUUACUAAAGAAUUACCUGUUUCAGUUCGUAUAUUAAGAAAUACUGAACGAUUAGGAUUAAUGAAAUCUCGUUUACGAGGUGCUCAAAUAGCUACUGGUGAUACAUUAACUUUUCUUGAUGCUCAUAUUGAAUGUUCACCUGGAUGGCUACAAUAUUUAUUAUAUGAAGUUAAAAAAGAUCGAUAUAGUUCUCAUAUCUGUUAG